UAGAAAGUAAAAAAUCAAUUGAACCAAUCAAUAUAAAAGUAGCUAUUUAUAUGAUUUCUGAUACUUGGAAACAAGUAUUGCUGUCAACAAUUGUUCACUGUUGGAAGAAAACAAAAAUACUUCCAUUAGAGAUAAAUUUAACUACUAAUACAAGUAAUAAUAAUGAUAUCGAUGAACUUGAGCAGUUAUUAGAAGAAUUAGAAAUGUCAUAUAAUUAUAUUAAAUUAUCAGCCAAAGAAUAUAUAGAAGUAGAUAAGCAUUUGCAAAUAAUGGAUAUACCAACUGAAGAGUUCGUUGUUCAAGAUAUUCUUAAAGAGCAAGGUUUAAUUAAUGAUGAAGAUUCAAAUAAUGAAGCUGAUGAUAAAGAGGAGGAAGAAAUUAUAGAUGAUUUAGUUUCAUAUAAUGAGGGAAAAAAGACAUUAGAAGUAGCAAAAAAAUAUCUUGAGUAA